AUGUCGAAUAGUAAAAUGUCGAAAAAGAGACGUGGUAUUUCAUACAAUCAACCAAAACUUUGUGCAAAUGCAACGUGGAACCAGACGGCAAUAACUUUUGCCACGAGCACCACGAUUGGCACGUAUCCUUUAGGCAUGUUUGUUGAUACAAAUAACAGCGUCUAUGUAGCUGAUCAGUCGAACUGGAGGGUUCAAGUGUGGCUUAAUGGAAGUACAAUACUUACAGGUACACUCUCUGGUGGCUUAUCCUGGCCUUAUAGCGUUUUCGUUACGGACAACGGUGAUGUUUAUGUUGACAAUGGCUACGCAUAUUAUCGAGUUGAUAAAUGGGGAUGGAGUUCAACAAGUAGUAUUCCAGCAAUGUAUGUGUGUGGACAAUGUUACAGUCUUUUUGUUGAUAUUAAUAAUAUGCUUUACUGCUUAAUGAGUUUGUCUCAUCAAGUUGUAUCGAAGUCAUUGGACUCACGUUUAAAUGUAUGGAGUAUUGUCGCCGGCACGGGUACAGCUGGAUCAACAUCGCUUACACUUUAUAAUCCAUGGGGAAUCUUUGUAGAUAUUAACUUGAAUUUGUAUGUAGCUGAUACUUCAAACAGUAGGAUUCAAAAAUUUGCAUCGGGACAAUUGAACGGAACAACAAUAGCAACAGGAGGUAUUACAUUGCUUGAUCCAACUUCAGUUAUACUUGAUGCUGAUGGAUAUAUGUUUAUUACUGAUUGCUGGAAUCAUCGUCUUAUUGGCUCAGGACCUAAUGGGUUUCGGUGUGUAGCGGCAUGCUUUGGAUAUGGCUCAUCAUCCAGCCAAUUAUAUUAUCCACAUACCAUGAAUUUUGACAGCUUUGGAAAUAUAUAUGUCACCGAUGAAUACAAUCAUAGAGUACAAAAAUUUCUUUUGUUACCAGACUCAUGUAAUGGAACGACAACAGUAACAACUAUAGCCACGGUAACUUCAAUGAAUAAUACUCAAUUAGUUUCUUUAACAACAACUGUUCCUGGAAUAAGUUCUACAACUGCACCAUAUUUAAACCCUAUUUCAUACAAUAUGCCAAAAUUCACUGCGUAUAGUACUUGGAGCUCCAAUGGAAUAACUUUAGCAGACAGCACCCUGGUCGGAACAUAUCCUUACGGUAUAUUUGUUGAUAAUAAUAACACGGUAUAUGUAAGUGAGUAUUCUUUAAAUCGUGUUCAAGUGUGGCGUGAAGGUAGUAGCCAACUCACAAGAAAUAUCUCCGGUAAUUUAAAUACUCCGUGUUCUGUUUUUGUUACGAGUAAUGGUGAUAUUUAUGUCGAUAACGGUUAUGCAAAUAGUCGAGUGGAUAAAUGGGCAUUAAAUACAACAAACAGUACUGUGGUAAUGACCGUCAAAUAUAUGUGCUGUGCUCUUUUUAUCGAUAUUAAUAAUAAUAUUUAUUGUACACCGAUUAAUUAUCAUCAAGUUAAUACAAAAUCAUUAAAUAGUAAUUCAAAUAUAUGGACAAUUGCUGCUGGUACAGGUUGUGCUGGAUCAACAUCAAAUACGCUUUAUGAUCCUCGCGGAAUCUUUGUUGAUACACAUCUCAAUUUGUAUGUUGCUGAUUAUACCAAUAAUAGGAUACAAAAAUUCCUAUCAAACCAAUUAAAUGGAAUAACGAUAGCCGGAACUGGAGCAACAGGAACUAUUAGUCUCAGUGGUCCGGCUGGAAUUGUUUUGGACGCAGAUGGCUACGUAUUCAUUGCAGAGUAUUUGAAUAAUCGUAUUGUUGGCUCGGGACCAAACGGAUUUCGUUGUUUAGUAGGAUGUUCAACUGUUGCUGGUUCAGCAUCUAAUCAAUUAUAUUAUCCAUCCAGUUUAAAUUUCGAUAGUUACGGUACAACUACCAAUCAACCAAGCUUCUGUCCAUCUACGACUUGGUAUACAGAUGCGAUUACAUUUGCUAAUAGUAGUACGGCUGGAACUUACGUAUAUGGUGUUUUUGUUAGUAUUAAUAAUACUGUUUAUGUAGCUAAUCCACAAACUAAUAAGGUUCUAGUAUGGUUCGAAGGAAGUACUAAUCCAGAUAAAAUUCUUUCUGGUAGUCUGAGUACACCAUUUGACCUUUUUGUUACCCCUGUAGGUGAUAUAUAUGUUGAUAAUGGUUACAAUAAUCGUCGAGUUGAUAAGUUUUCAUUCAACUCAAAUAUAAGUACUUCUGUAAUGUCAGUUCCUAAUGCAUGUACUGGCAUUUUUGUUGAUAUUAGUAAUAAUCUUUAUUGUUCAGCAUAUACUUCUCAUCAAGUUCUUAAGCAAUGGUUAAAUGAUAAUGUACUUACAUCAACUAUUGUUGCUGGUACAGGUGCAGCUGGUUCAACAGCGACCACACUUUAUACGCCUCUUGGAAUUUUUGUCGAUGCUCAAGUUAAUUUAUAUGUUGCAGAUUGUAAUAACAAUAGAAUACAAAUGUUUCCUGUUGGACAAUUUACUGGAAUAACUUUAGCAGGAGCUAGUGCACCAGGCACUAUUACACUUUAUCAGCCCAAUUGUAUUAUAUUAGAUGAUAAUGGAUAUCUUUUUAUUACGGAUACUCUUAAUCAUCGAAUAAUUGGAUCAGGACCAUAUGGUUUUCGAUGUCUAUUUGGAUGUACGACAAUAGCUGGUUCUGCAUCAAGUCAAUUGAAUCAGCCAGUAAUUUUAAGAUUUGAUAGUUAUGGAAAUAUAUUUGUCGCUGAUAGAUUUAACUAUCGAGUGCAAAAGUUUAUAUUAGCAUCAAAUUCAUGUAGUAUCUCUUAUAAUCAACCAACAUUUUGUUCAAAUGCUUUAUGGUAUUCUAAUGCAUCAACUUUUGGAUCAAGUACUACAAUUGGUACAUUACCUUAUGGUAUUUUUAUUAAUGGAAUUAAUACUGUGUAUGUACCGAAUCGAGUUAGUAACACUAUUUUAUCAUGGCUUCAAGGAAUUACUACAUCAACAAGUAAUAGUUAUAGUAAUUUGAGUAAUCCAUACAGUCUUUUUAUGUCUAUGACUGGUGAUAUUUAUAUUGAUAAUGGUUAUUCAUAUGGUCGAGUUGAUAAAUAUACAUUUAAUUCAUCAAAUCGUGUAACUGUUAUGAAUGUUAAUGGAAGUUGUUAUGGUUUAUUUAUUGAUAUUAAUAAUAAUCUUUAUUGUUCCCUUAAAAAUCUUCAUCAAGUUGUUAAACUUUUACUUAAUAAUGGUACAACCAUUCCGACAAUUGCAGCCGGUAAUGGUUCUGCUGGAUCACUAUCAAAUAUGCUUAAUUCUCCUCAAGGAAUCUAUGUUGACAGUAAUUUAAACUUAUAUAUUGCAGACAGUGUUAAUAAUCGUAUUCAAUUUGUUCAAACUGGUCAGUUAGAUGGAUUGACAAUCGUUGGUAAUGGAUCAUCAGCAAAUAUUGCACUCAACUAUCCAACUGGAAUUGUCCUUGAUGCUAAUGGUUAUCUUUUUAUUGUCGAUAGUUAUAAUCAUCGUAUUGUUGCUUCAAGUUAUUAUGGUUUUCGAUGUAUAGUCGGGUGUUCGGGAGGUGGCUCAACUAUGUAUCAAUUAUCUUUUCCACAAAGUAUGGCUUUUGAUAGCUAUGGAAAUAUAUAUGUUACUGAUCGAAAUAAUAGUCGACAAUACCGACCACCACUACCACUACUACUACGAGCAGCAGCAGCAGUACCACAACUAGCACUACUACUACUACCACCACUAAGACUACAAGCAGUAGCAGUACUACAAGUACCACUACCACCACAACCAGUACCACAAGUAGGAGUACUACAAGCAGUAGCAGUACUACGAGCACCACUACCACCGCCACCAGUACCACAAGUAGCACUACUACUACUACCACCAGUACUACAAGUAGUACUACUACUACCACCACUAGCGCUACAACGAGUAGCAGCAGUACCACCAGUAGUACUACUACGAGCAGCAGUAGCACCUCAAGCAGCACUACUACCACGACCACCACUAGUAGUACCACUACCACCACAAGUACUACAACAAGUAGCAGCAGCAGCACAAGUACCACUACCACAAGCAGUAGCAGUACCACUAGUAGUACCACUACGAGCAGUAGCAGCACCACUAGUAGUACUACUACUACUACUACCAGCAGUACCUCAAGUAGCACUACUACCACGACCACCACUAGUACUACUACAAGCAGUAGUAGUACUACAAGUAGCACUACUACUACCACCACUACAAGUAUUACAACAAGUAGCAGCAGUACCAGUACUUCAAGUAGCACCACUAGCAGUACCACUACUAGCAGUACAACGAGUAGUAGCAGUACUACAAGUAGUACUACAACGAGUAGCAGUAGCACUUCAAGUAGCACCACUUCAAGCAGCAGUACUUCAAGUACUACUACUACUACUACCACUACCACCACUAGUACUACAACAAGUAGCAGCAGUACCACAAGUAGUACUACCACGAGCAGUAGCACUACUACAAGUAGCACUACUACUACGACUACCACCACCAGUAGUACCACUACGAGCAGUAGUACCACAAGUAGUACUACCACUACUACUAGCAGUACUUCAAGUAGCACUACUACCACGACCACCACUAGCAGUACCACUACGAGCAGUAUCAGCACCACAACUAGCAGUACUUCAAGUAGUACUACCACGAACAGCAGUAGCACUUCAAGUAGCACUUCUACCACCACCGCUAGUACUACAACGAGCAGUAGCAGUACCUCAAGUAGCACGACAUCCAUUACAACUUCUCAAGGAUUAA